CGCCGCCAUCUUGAAUGACGUAAGUGUGACGCAGCUGGCGCGCUCCCGUGAUUCAACAGAACCCGCGAACUACAGAAUUUGACUGGCCCCGCAGAACUUUAAAUGACGGCUCAGCAUGACCUGCAUCAGUAGACCUGGGUUCCUCCUAAGUGACAGUGACUCCAGUGAUUCCGAGGAUCUGCCUGUGUUUGAUUUCUCACAGUCAAAAUCCAAACAGCCCAACUUGGUGGUUUUAGACAGUUCAGACUCAGAAAUGGCUCCUGUUGCUGAUCCAAUUUCAUCUCUGGAGGUCCACGCCUCUGCUGGAGCUGUUAGAAGUGACGUGUUGAUGGUCAGUAGUGACAGCGAAGAGGAGGAGGAGACCAUGAUUCCCUUAGCUGUGAGACUGAAACAGAAACAGCUUGGUCUGGGUACAGCAGCCAUCAGUGCAGAGGAGACGCGGGCUUCCAAUGGUAGUUCACGACUCUUAGAUGUUCCAGCACAUCAUAUCAACCCUGAGGCCCAGCCGGUUGAACGUAACAAGAUCUGUAGCAAUACAACAAGGCAGUACAGCUCAAACAACGAUGCACCAUACCUCACAAAAGAACCUCCACCUGAAGCGGAGAAUGGCACUUACCUGGCCAAACGCAAGAAAACCCCAGCAGAAGUGGAGGCUGCCAGACAGGAAGCCCUGAGGAAAAGAGCAAUGCGAGAGCAUCAGCAGGAAGAGAAGGAGAGAUUGAGAAUGGAGAAGAAAGCUCUGGCUGAUGCUGUGAAAGCCCUAAGGCCAGAGGAGUGCAUCAAACACAUGGUGGUGACGGUCGACCCAGGCCUACUGCAGCUGGAAGGUGGCGGCGCUCUUCUGACUUCCCUGCAUGCCAUGGGCUGCAACUGUGCCAUAGAGAAGCAGUCUCUUCCUCGUAGUGUCACCUGGGCUAGACGCUCACCUUGCCCUCAGAGUGGUGAGAUGAUGUCCAUUCCAGACUCAAAUACUGUAAUCCAAGUUCCUGUGGAUGACUUUGUAACUAUGAUUAAUAACUACUGCAAGAGGCAGUGCAAUGGUGUGUUAAUAGAAAACGGCAUAUCUCUGACUGCCUGGAUCCAAGGACUUAUGAGCAGGAACCCUGGCAGAACCCUCAGUCUGGUUGUGAUUGACAUAGAGAAGUACUUUAAAUCCCAGAAUUCAAAAUGUCAGAAGAAAUACCGUGAGGCAGUGCUGGGCGAGGAGAAAAAUGUGGGACUUCAGGGAGGGCAGAAAAAGAGAAGAAAGAAAGACGAUAUCAAUCAGCUUCCUGAUGUCUCACGAGUGCAGGUGGAGGAGGCUUUGGUAGACCUGCAGCUGCAAACCGGGGUGCAGGUUUGCUUCCUCUCUACCUGGAAAGACUUCACUGAUUAUAUUACCAUGUUAACCAAAGCAGUAGCCGAGGCACCGUUCAAGCGGGAGCGAGAGAAGACGGGAUUCUCAUUUUGUUUGGAGAGCGAGUGGGCAGGGGGUCAGAAGGUGGACCGCUCAGGGAACGGCCUUCUGCAAGUUUGGAAGAGACAAAUACAGCAGUUGAACCGUGUCAGUCCUGAUAUGGCCAGUGCUAUACUUAGUGCCUACCCCUCUCCUCGGCUUCUUGCUCAGGCAUAUGCACGGUGCAAAUCGGAACAUGAAAAAGUUGGUCUGCUGGCAGACAUACUCAUUCGCCGUGGAGAGGGUGUGACGUCUACAACCCGCAGAGUUGGUCCGGAGCUUUCCAAACGGCUGUUUCUUUUGAUGACGUCAUGUGAUGCAAAUCAGCCCCUUGAUUCUGCUGUAUAGGUUCUUCUGUCUCCUUGUACACAUGAGGACAAAUAUUUAUUACAGUUUAGAUACAUUAUAAACUUCAAGUCUGAUUUUCCCAGAUUUUCAAAGUUAUAUUUUUGUCUGUUCUUACUAUAAAUUGUUGCUAUUAAAUGUUUCUUAAAGUCCCUGAAAACCAUUUUACUUUACUUCCACCGGAAUUAGUUUUCCUCAAAUGACCUCGGUCCAAACCUUUUUGUACCUCUUUACACUAAAGGGGGAACCUUGAAAGUUUCACUUUUUCUGGAACGCUCUUUGAGGUUUUUUGUGUUCUUCAUCCCAGUGGCAAAUAACCUUGGACGGCUGAAGCCGAUAUGCAGUAAACUCUCAGAAAUGCAACACACGCACAGUAUUUCUUGGACACACUGAAGACCCAUAGGUCAUACCCAAGCUGUUUCAUUUAGAAUUCAUUCACUUUAUGUUAUCCUUACAUAUUUUAGCAGCACUAAAGAGGACAUUGCUAAUUGCAGAAGCAACAGUUUUGGUGUUUUUCCUGUUUAAGGCACUACUGCGCUCCUUUCGGUACCAAAAUGGCCCCUUGAGCACACCGUACUCACUGUCUAAGGACUGUAGAGGCUCAUGGCUCAUUUCCAGCACAUUAGAGAAUGGCACCUGACCAAGGAGUGUCGUGUUGCCUGAAACGAGCGGUGGGGUAACGAGCCGUUAAAUGUGCUUAAGAGAUGAGCUGCAUGCUUCAUCCCUGUCCCUAAAGGCAGUAUUUCCUCUACAGUUUAAGGGAUGGCAUAACAAACUAUGGCUAGUAGGUGUGCGCUUGUGCCGAGGGGAAUUAUACGAGCGGAAUUACGGCAGCUUGAAAAGGGAUCACCUUGGAGUGAUUGUUUAGCUGAAUAGUAUGAAAUCCAAUUUUCGUGUACUCUGAGCGCAGACUAUAAUAGCUUUUAUGACCUAGAGUCUGCGGUGCUAACAUCUUCAGUGGCUUGUGAAUGGUUGAAUGGGACUUUAAUUUCAAAAAGCAGUUGUAGGAUAUUACGCCUUACAAAGUACAAUGUAACUCAUCUAACCUAAAUGUUUUGGAGGGGGAAUGGUUUCCAUUUGCAUCUGUGUAAGUGCAAGGGCUCUGUAUAUCUUCAGCUACUGUAUCUGCAAUGUGCAUAAAUGAGUCAUGACUGCUCCACUUGAUAGAUUGCAUCCUGUAACGUAUUUCUGUUCAGCAGAGGAGCAGUUUCUCAUUUCUGGUGCGUGCGGGAUUCUUCCCGCUUCUUGUUGGAGAUUAAUAAGGAUCGGGUGUGGCGGUAGGUCAACGUCGGCCACCUUCACUCACAGUCAAUAGAGUGGGAAGCAAAGCAGGGCUGUUAGUCACUGUCUUUCCCUGGAUAUUCUCAACUCGGCUCAUCUCUUGGAAAAAUGCGGCUUCUUAUCGGCCGCCACACAAGAUGGAGUGCCACAGGCAGCGCUGUUUAUGGUUUUGUGAGUUCGUUUUGUUCCAGUUACAGUUUCGUGUUCUUUUUGGCAGAGUGGGUGCACUUUCAAUUUCUUGGGUUGUGCCACAGUAAUGCCACCUGUAGUGUGCUGGCCUGCCGUUGACAGUGGCAUAAUAAUAACAUUUCCUCAGGCAAGCGAUGUGGCAACAAGGCAAAGCCUCUGAUAUUAUCCUUCUAUUGCAUUCCCGGUGUGUUUUGCCUUGGCGCUCGGUGAAUCACGAUCCACUCAGAGCCACUUGCUAAAACGACAAGAGAGAAUGUCAAAGUCUCCAACAAUCUAUUUCAGAGCGCGAGUAGGACGGCCACUGUGGUAUUGGUUUCUUUGCCACCAGCGUUCAAUCAAUGUUUCCUGCUUCUCUUUAAAAAUAAAUCAUUAUAUGGCUCUGCUUCUGCCUUUCUUUUGUUCAUUUGCAAAUCAGACGCAAGCGAUUCGGGUGUUCAGAUCCAGCUCUUCUGGGAAAAGAGAUGCAAAACCCUCAAGAAAACAACUUUGGAUGCCAAAGCUGGAGGCUUUUUAACUUCAGAAGGAAAACAUUGCAUUGUUAUUGCAGGAUUUUGUUUUCUACCUUGCCCUCUCCUACCAGCC